AUGGCCUCGACGUCGUCCCGCCCGAAGCCCAAAACAUCAUUCAAAAAGUCCAGGGUCAUCGCGCCGCUUUACACUGGCGGGCCCGUGGCGAUCACGUCGGAUGGAACGAGACUGGCCACCGUAGUAGGAGAGGAAGCGGUUCUCACAGAUGUACGAGAGGGGCGGGAGAUAUGUCGGUUUGCAGGAGACACAGAGUCCAUAACGUCCAUGUGCAUUUCGCCCGCCUCGACACACCUUUGUCUCUUCACCUCCGCCUUGGCACUGCGCAUAUACGAACUUCCAGAAGACACAACUCCUCUUUUCAAGCACGUGCAACCAUUUCGAGCCGUUGCUCGCGCGCAUGACGCACCAGUCCACGUAUGUAGGACCGACCCAACCUCGACCUACCUCGCAUCGGGGUCUGCGGACGGCGUCGUCAAGGUGUGGGAUAUUGUUCGCGGCUACGUGACACAUGUGUUCAAGGGGCACGGAGGCGUCGUCAGUGCGCUGGUCUUCAACUAUCCCUUCGACCCCUCCUCUGUCGGCGGUGAGCGGAAGAUGCAGCUGGUCACGGCAUCCGUCGACACGAAGAUCCGCAUAUUCGAUCUCUCUGCUGCCGCUGCUUCUGCACGGUCUGGUUCUGCUGCAAGGCCCGAGGCUGUCCUUGAGGGACAUGUCUCUGUCCCGAGAGGUCUCGACGUCUCGCGAGACGGCAACUGGCUGGUCAGUGGUGGUCGGGAUUCUGUCGUCCUCGUUUGGGAUAUCUCCUUGAAACCUGCGGGGACUUCAAAAUCCAAGAGCAGCAAAACGAAGGGCAAGGAGAAAGAAGGCGCGCCCACGCUCGUGAAGACUAUUCCUGUGCUCGAGCGCGUGGAAGCAGUCGGUUUGCUCCGGCAAGACGAGGAUGUGAUCGGUACGACUUCCGGGGUCAGCAAGCUGCAGAUCUACACCGGUGGCGAAAAGGGUGCCGUAAAAAUUUGGGACGCCCGAAAGGGUGAAGUACUGUACACGCUUGGCCAGGAGUUGGACAACGUCUCCGAGGACCAGGAAGAGCAGCGUCAAAUUAUCGAUGUGUUAUACGUGCCGUCAGACGCAACAGUCGUGUCCGUACACGCUGACCAAAACAUCCUUUUCCACUCUCUCACAACUCGGUCACUCACCCGACAACUGAUCGGGUUCAAUGAUGAAAUUGUUGAUGCUGCACUGCUGUCUCCCUAUCGUCUGGUGCCACAGGCUGACAUUUCUAUAACUCCGGGUUUUGUUGACACUCACCUCGCAUUGGCUACCAACUCGUCGCUUAUCCGCGUCUACUCUGCCAAAUCCCUGGACGCGCGCCUGCUCUCCGGCCACCAUGAGAUCGUUUUGUGCCUUGACAAGGGCGCGCAGGGUCGUAUUCUGGCCAGCGGCAGCAAGGACCGCUCCGCACGGAUCUGGGCGCCUACGACUUCCACCCGAACCCCAGAUGCUGCGAGCACGUCCGUUCCGGAGUGGGGGUGCGUCGCAGUCUGUGAAGGACAUGCCGAAAGUGUCGGAGCCGUUGCGAUGUCGCGGAAAGCCCAUUCCGACUCGCCCGAGGGUGGCUUGCGCUUCAUGUUCACCGGUAGCCAAGAUCGCACAAUUAAGAUGUGGGACCUGACCUCUGUGCCGAUCAAAUACGGUGCGGACGCGCAGCCUGUGAAGUGCAAGAGUCUAUUAACGCACAAGGCGCACGAUAAGGACAUCAACUCACUAGACGUCGCGCCGAAUGAUCGUCUGCUCGUCUCUGGCUCGCAAGACCGGACGGCCAAAGUCUGGGAAAUUCAGUACGUACUGUACGACAGUGGUGCAGUAAAGGGCGAAAUCAAGCUGCUAGGCACCUGCAAAGGGCACAAGCGCGGUGUCUGGACCGUACGCUUUGGCCAGACAGAGCGGGUGCUGGCGACCGGCAGUGGCGACAAGACUGUUAAGCUCUGGAAUCUUGACGACUUCACUUGCGUCAAGACCUUCGAGGGCCACAGUAACUCGGUGUUGCGCGUUGACUUCAUGAACGCUGGCAUGCAAAUGGUCAGCACAGCCAGUGACGGCCUUCUCAAGCUGUGGAACGUGCGCGACGAGUCUUGCGCGGCAACGAUGGACAAUCAUGAAGACAAGGUUUGGGCCCUGGCCGUGAGCUCUGAUGAGCGCAGUAUUGUCUCCGGUGCAGCGGACUCAGUUGUGACAUUCUGGGAAGACUGCACCGAGGAGCAGGAGCAAGAGAAGGAGACUAAGCGGGCGGAGAUGGUUCUCAAGGAACAAGACUUCUUAAACUACCUCUCGCUCCAUGACUACCGGAACGCCAUCCUCCUGGCGCUCUCGAUGGAACAACCCGGACGACUGCACGCGCUCUUCAAAAGCCUUCCUAGUACCUCGGAUCCUUCAUCCGUUACAUCAAUAUCGGGGCACCCGUCCGUUGACGAGGUCAUCCGCACCCUGAGUGGCCCGGAUCUAGCUAAACUCCUGCGGUGCGUCCGGGGCUGGAACGCUAACGCGAAAACAAGUGCGGUCGCGCAGCGCGUGUUGCACGCGAUCUUGAAAUUGCGUAAGGCCGAGGAUAUCGCGCAAGCGUUCGAUCAAACGGCGACGCUCGGCGGGCUCGGCGACAUCCUGACGGGUGCAUCCGGGGGUCCCGUGCACAAGGAGGGCAGAGGCGCCUCGGCGCUUCGUGAACUUGUCGAGGCGCUCGUUCCGUACACGGAGCGCCACCUCGCGCGGAUGGAGAAGCUCGUGCAGGAAAGUUACGUCGUUGACUACCUGCUUGGUGAGAUGGACGACGGUCUAAUCGGCCUCGAGGACGGAGACGAGGACGAGGGGAUGGCCGAUGCGCAGCAGGACGAUGACGAGUGGUGUGGCAUGGAUGUAGGCAUCGGUGCGAGCAUAGCGGUCUCUGCAUAG